AUGUGCAAUAAUAUUUUGAAAAUAUGUAAAUAUAACAAAUUAUAAUUUAGAAUAAUAUUUGCAAUUUUUAUCAAAAUCCAAAAUAUAUUUGUUUAUAUUUCAUUUGUAAAAUAAUAUAUGUAUNGGUCUAAAAGAAUUUGAUGGAGAAGAUUUAUGUAAUUCUUACCAUUUAUAGAUAGAAUUCGAUUCUCGUAAUAAAUUCAACAAGGAUCAAUAAAAAUAAUGGAUAUUUGAAUAAAUUGAUGAGAAGAAAAGAAGAUAAGAAUAAGAAAAAGCAGAGGAAAUGGCUUAUGCUUAAUAAACAUUAGAAAUCAAUAGAUUUAGAGGAAUGCUAUAAGAUAACUUUGCAUCCAGGAAAACUGAUAUGGGUGUUGCUACCAAACAAACCAAUCUUUAAUUAGUAAUCAUUCAAUUUAAUAUAAGGCUAAAGAGAAAAAAGAUAAAGAAGAAAGAGAAAAAUAAGAAAAAUUGGCUGCUGAACGUGCUGAAAGAGAUUUAUUACUUGAACGGGGUCGUAAGUAACCAUUUAAGGGAUGA